CGUCGAUUCUGAAGUGAGUUUCCUCUCGACGCGGGUGGAAAAAGUUUCUGUUAUCGUCCCAGUUCAGCGCAAUAUCUUUUCUAUCAACAGUUGGAAGGAAGAAGGUGUUUGGCGACGGUUUCGUGAUGUUAUAUAUUAUAUUGCAGUUUUGAAUCUCCUCAAUGUGAUCUCCCAAUAAGAAAGCUACGCCAUUCACUGAUAUCUUGAUUCUUCUUUCCUUCUGAGAUUUAAAUAGAUCUGUGAAAAGAUAGCGAAAAGAAAAUUUUCAUGCAGAUGAUGCGACAAGAAAACUGAAGCUAGAUUCCAUUAAAAAGAAAAAGGCACAUAAUUAAAUCUUCAAGAACGUGAUCCUGAAUAUUUCUUUAUAUCAUGGAAUAACCAAGAAGACUUUUAUAGACAUACGGAAUUGCAUAUUGGAGUUUUCUAUCAUAUUUAAAUUAUUAUUUUUGAAUCUGUCUGCGAUUAUUUUUGUCAUAGAUUUUUCGUUUGUUUUAAAAUUUUAAAGCUUCGAGAUAUGAAAUAAGAAAGAACAUUGUGACAAAAGUUUGAAAAGUGAGAAAUAUUUGAAGAAUUUGUGAUAUAAUUGAUUGCAAGAAAAUUUCGUUUCUGGAGAAGGAUAAUAAUAUUUUUCAAAGCAUUAAAUAAGAAAGGAAACAAACUAUCAUCUUUUUCGAUGCAUGAUCUCAAUAGAAUGAACAUUUAUAGAAAGUUUCUAAAAAGAAAUUCUAAUAAACAGAUUAAGAAUGAAAAUCAUCAAAUUUACGAAUAAAUAAAAGAGAACAGGUACUGCCACUAAAAAUACAUAACUCUUAUUUUGGGUUUGAAAACUGAUGUAUCAUUUAGAACAUUCAUUAAAUAUGACAUUAACGUGAAUAUGUACCAACAGUUAAGAUACAGUUCAUAAAUUGACUUUUUUUCUCUACCUCUGCUUAUUUAAUUCUUGAUCAUGAUCAUGCUUCUUAAUAUCUAAUAGAACGAUCUGCUCACUCUAUUUUACUUCAAAACUUCAGAUAAAAAGAAACAUUUUCUAUGCAAGUUAUUAGUUUUACAAAAAUCUCAUAACUGUUUUUCCUUGUGAUAGAAAGGGGUGACAAAUCAUUGGUUAAAACAAUUUCUGAAACUGUUAUGUAUUGUUUUUAUUGAUCACAGUGUUAGAAUGCCCAUUUUUGUUAAAACAACAAUCUUACUAGCUUAAGGCAUUAAAAAGAGAUCUGGAAACAAAUGUGUUCUUUUAAUUUUUUUCUCUUACGGAAACUUAUAUUGAUGAUUCGUUUAUUUAUGGCUGGGAAUGUUGAUUCAUAGGCAUUAUUGAUUUACAAUAAGAAUUCAUUUAAUACUGAUGUUUUUUUAAAUUUUUUUAUAUAUGACGCAUGUCAAGUACUUUCAAACAAAUAAAAAAAAUGAUGGAUACAUUUAAUCAAAUGUAAUCAUUUCCUAGCUAUAGAUGCAGAAACUAUCUUGACUGAAAACAAAACACGAAUAAACUGGAAAUCUCAAUAUUUUUUUCCGUGUUCACUGACAUAAGAACAUGUUCCCUUAAAUUCUAGCAAAAAGAUAAAUACUUUGUGCAAUUAUUUGGAUUGCUAUUUAGUGUAAUAUGCAUGAUUAUAUUGUAAAAUCACUUGAUAUAUACAUAAUUGUGAAAUUUCGUAUUUAAGAAAGAUUGCAUCUUUGCAUAUUCGUAUCAUCAAACUACAAAAUGGAUGUCUCACAAACUGACCUGCCUGUAUUGUACGAAACUCGUUGGGAAAACUGGACCUAUAACUCUUCAAACACUUCAAAAUCUGAUUGCACCAACGAAUAUUGCGUUUCAGACGAGGACUAUAUUGCAAUGAUCGAAGAUUAUAUUUUCCCAUCUACUUACGAGUGGGUAUUGAUCACUUUGCACCUGACUGUAUUCAUUGUUGGAUUGGUGGGAAAUGCUCUUGUUUGUGUGUCUGUGUACAGAAAUCACAGCAUGCGGACAGUUACCAAUUACUUCAUUGUGAAUCUUGCUGUCGCUGAUUUUUUGGUCAUCCUCAUCUGCUUGCCACCGACCGUGCUGUGGGAUGUCACCAAGACGUGGUUCUUCGGCAGCAUCACGUGCAAGCUGGUCCUCUAUCUGCAGAAUGUUUCCGUUGGUGUUUCUGUCUUGACCCUCACCUUUAUUUCGGUGGAUCGUUGGUACGCCAUCUGCCAUCCCCUCAGUUUUAAAAGCACAGCCUCUCGAGCCAAAACCUCAAUUCUGCUCAUUUGGCUCAUCUCUGGUUUCAUCGGCCUCCCGGAGGCCAUCGUUUUGGACACUAUGAGGACCCUGCCAGUGGACACCACCUACCUCACUGAUUGCACUCACACCUGGAGUGAGACAAGCACCAGGGUAUACCAGCUGUUUCUCAUCCUGAUAUUGUACGUGGCACCAUUCACCCUCAUGGCUUUCACCUACUAUCAGAUUACUCGAGUUUUGUGGAACAAGAAUAUACCUGGAGCAUCAGAGACAAAUCAUCAUUUGUCUAGAAAAUGCGGCAACAAAAUUCCCGGACGUGCUGGUGCUGUCAGAACUACUUCAACAAAUUGCGAGGGACAAAUAAGAUCUCGCCGUAAGGCCUCCAAAAUGCUCAUGGCUGUAGUUGUUAUGUUCAGCCUUUGUUAUCUCCCUGUGCAUUUAAUCAACGUCUUAAGGUACACAGUAGGAUUGCCGCAAACUCCAGCAACAACUGUUGCGUCUCUCAUUUCUCACUGGUUGUGCUAUGCUAACAGUGCUGUCAACCCCGUCAUUUACAACAUCAUGAAUGGAAAGUUUCGAAAGGAGUUCAAGAAUACUUUCACGUGUCAGUGCAUCAAGAAGAACAGAAGACCGUGUAACGCAGGCACAUCUUAUCUCUGCAAAUUCACCAGCACCGUGUCCCACUGUGACAAAAGAAUGCACGAAUUAGCGAAUUUCUCUUAACCAAGAUUUAUGGAUGAGAGCUUAUGCAAA